ACUAACUGUACCUGUUGAAACCCCCAGAGUUCCAGCCAGACCUGAGGCAUUAGCAGGUGUGUAAAGCUGGUCAUACUUCUACGCUGCUUGAUUCAUUUCAUACACAGAAACAGAAGAGGCUGCUUGAUGUCGCUCUUACCAUACCUGCCUGUCACCUUCCCAGCGUUGGCUGAUGUUGCUGAGACUUCAGAGACUUCAGGGACUUCUUUCAGUACUCGCAGAAACCUCCCACACCCUGGUGAUGGCACACAGGGACUGUUUUCCUACUCUUAGUCUGAAUGACUGCCAAGAAGGAAGGCAAAGGCGGAACAGUUGGGUGUCAGGCUUUCUCCAUACUUCUAAUCCUUAUUAAACUCCUUUCUGAGCCCAAGGACAAAGCUCACUUAACAAAUGACUUUGAAUCAUGAAUGAAAACUCUUGCUCUUUCCAUGAGAAAGAAUUAAGAGAUGGACAGGUUGAAAGUGUGUGUGCUGUGUGUCCUCCACCAUAUGACAAGGAAAACGGUGUUCUUCAGGCUUUCAGAGGAAUUCCUAUCUCAGAGUUGAAGAACCAUGGCAUCCUCCGGGCCCUGACCGCAGAAGCGAAUGGAUGGGAGCCAGGUGCUGUGAGUGUGGAGGUGCUCAGAGCCCAAGAAGAAUGGGAAGCUGUGGACAACAUCCGGACGGAGACAGGUCAGGCCAGCUCAGACCAGCCUGGGCAGCUAAUCUCCUUCAAUGAAGCCCUGCAGCAUUUCCAGACUGUGGACCUCUCUUCCUUCAAGAAGAGCCUGUCUCCAGAGAUUGAGCAGGUGUUUCACAGCUUCGACCCCCUUUCCCUGGCCCACAGCCCAGCCAGGUCGUUGGGGGAGCUACUUCUUUCUGCAAGAACAGCCCCUGUACUGAUCCUAAAGAAAAGAAUUCAGCCAACUAUUCGAAGGACUGGGCUCGCUGCCCUCCGGCACUGUCUCUUCGGGCCUCCAAAGCUCCACCAGGGCCUCCGUGAAGAAAGGGACUUGGUCCUGACCAUUGCUCAGUGUGGCCUGGAUAACCAAGACCCAAUGCAUGGCCGAGUCCUCCAGACCAUCUAUAAGAAGCUGACUGGCUCCAAGUUUGACUGUGCCCUCUACGGAGACCACUGGGAAGAUCUGGGCUUUCAGGGAGCGAAUCCGGCCACAGACCUGAGAGGAGCAGGCUUCCUUGCCCUCUUGCACCUGCUGUACCUGGUGAUGGACUCGAAGACUUUGCUGAUGGCCCAGGAGAUUUUCCGCCUGUCUCGUCACCAUAUUCAGCAAUUCCCCUUCUGUUUGAUGUCCGUGAAUAUCACCCGCAUCGCAAUCCAGGCCUUAAGGGAGGAAUGUCUCUCCAGGGAGUGCAACCGGCAGCAAAAGGUGAUCCCGGUGGUGAACAGCUUCUACGCCGCCACCUUCCUCCGCCUCGCACACGUUUGGAGGACUCAGCAGAAGACCAUCGCAGACUCCGGCUUUGUCCUCAAAGACUUGGAGGUGUUGGCCAAGAAGAGCCCGAGGCGGCUGCUCAAGACCCUGGAAAUCUACCUGGCUGGAGUGUCAAAGGGACAGGCCUCAUUGUUGGGAACACAGAAGUGCUGUGGGCCACAAGCCUCUCACUCCAAGGAUCUCACCUUCACAGGCGUGUGUGACCUGCCACCACAUUCAUCCAAAGGCACGCGGCUGAUCUGACCAACCGGAGGCUGACAGAAAGACCCAGCUGCUGGGCCACGGGGGCUUUGGAAGGGCACUUGGCGCAUUAUGCCAAGUGUAUGCCGGCUGGACCUCCUUGGCGAAUCCAAGGACCCUCACCUGUGUGAGACAUUAGGGACAGUUAGACUCAUCCCAUUCCCCACAGACCUGCCUCCAGAGCGAUGAACUUGCCAUAAUUGGAAUUGAGCUACUUUAGAGUUGGUUUCCAGGUAAUCCCAGUGAGUGAACGGAUCAUGAGGCAGGAAAGCCCUACCUGGAUGUUCUACAUAUCUGUACAUUGAAAGAUAUGCCCACACAGAGGUGCCAGAAUUCUGACUCCCUGGGCGGCAGGCUCUCAGGCCCCGGGUGCCCACAGGACAGGGACCCUGUGGCUAGAAUUCGAAGGGAGGAGCAGUGGCAGCAGCCAACAGGGGACAGCACGAACCAGAGCAACAGGUCUUCCUCUUCUUCCUCCACCAGGCUGAUAUGGGGCCCCUCUGGGGUUUCUGGCCUUGCACUCACCCCAUCCUCACGUCUCCCCAUGCCUCAGCCCCGCUGUUGAGGAUACAGAAUCGGCUUUCGGCUGGGUGUCUCCACUGCCGCCUAUCCCCACUGCCCACCAGCUGGGCACCCCACUACUGCACAAACCCCACCCCAUGAAGGUGUGCGGUUGCCACCAGGGAUGGUUUUCUGGCCUGGAUGAAGGAGGAGGUUCACACAUCGGCAGUUUUUGAAUAAAAGAAUUGUCCUAG